AUGUCGACCGACAAGCCAUGGGAGACCACGGAUAUUCUCAUCUGCGGCUGCGGCCCAACAGGAGCAAUGCUCUCGGGCUACUUGAAUAUAAUGGACGUCCGCAAUAUCGUCUUGGAGAAGGAAGCCCAGAUCACUACUGAUCCGAGGGGAAUCGCUCUUGACGAUGACGGGAUAAGAUACCUGCAGGGUUUAGGUCUUUACCAACAUGUGUUCGGCGAUAUAGGCUCUUUCUUGCAGACGAAGGGGUAUACCGGACAUGCUUGGAUGAUUACCCACAAGCAGCCUAUCCUUGAAAAGCAUCUACGAUCCGUCAUUCAAGGGUCCCGGUUUUCCACAUUGAGGACCGAUUGCACGUUAAGCUCCAUCCGAGAAGAUGAGGAGUGGGUAUAUGCCUCCUAUGUUAAUUCGAAUGGAAGCGAAAAAUAUGUACGGGCGCGUUUCCUUGUCGGAGCCGACGGUAAGACGGGCUUUGUCCGAAAGCAUUACUUGGAGCCUCGGGGUGUUAAGAUGGAGUGGGCUGAGCAAAGCCACUAUGAAGAGACCUGGGUUGCGCUGAAUUGGGAAAUCCGUCUACCCACGAGAGAAACGCAUCCCGACUUCGCACUAUGGGAACAUGACUACACCCCAGAGGAGGUCUACAAUCUUUUCUUUCCCCGGGAGUUUCGGUUCCUUUGUAACCCAUCUCGGGCUGCCGUGUGCACGCGCUUCGGACAGCACAAGGACAGGCUAUGGCGAUUUGAAUUUGUCGUUCAACCCGGAGAGGAUCCAGAAGAGAUGGCGCAGGAACAUAGGGUAAAAGAAGUGGUUCUCCCCUAUCUACGACAUCAUGGUAGACGAUAUGGGUUGACCAAGGACGUCGAGUUCCCGGAGGACUGCAUUCGUGUCCUUCGCUCGAGACCAUUCCGGUUCGCUGCCCGUAAAUGCAACAAAUGGGCUCUCGGGCGAGUAAUACUAUGCGGCGAUGCUGCGCAUGUCUUCCCUCCAUUCGCCGGUCAAGGGAUCGCAUCUGGAUUCCGCGAUGCCAUUGGCCUCGCCUGGCGUCUUGCCAUAAUAAUGCGGUCUAAAUCAAGUCAGGUCGCUGUUGAAAAACACCUGACAGCAUGGUACACCGAGCGUCAACAGCAAUUCCAAACAUCGCUAAACAACACCCUACGAAACGGCCAGCUCGUCAGCAGCAAGAACCCGGUGCAGAACUUUAUCCGCGAUUGGGCUCUCUGGGUAAUGCGGUUUAUUCCGAGCCUCGAGCAUCGGUUGCAGCUUGGUCCGAAGCUCGAGGGUCCUGUGCAAUAUUCUCACGAGGCUGGGAUGCCAUUUCUGCCUGGCUUCAAUGGUGGAGUGUAUUUUCCGCAGAUCUACUGCGUGAAGCUUGGGGCUCACGAACCGGACGUGCUUUUUACAGAUGAUGUCAUUUUUUCCAAAGGGAAAGCAAACCUAUUCCAGGUCGUGGUCUUGCUAGGUUCGUCGGCAGAACUUCCGUCAGCCAUGGCAGAACUCGACGGAAUUGACCAAAUCAGUGGUCAUUUGGGGGCAAAAGAAUCGACAAUGCUCGUGCCGGAGCCCCCCAGCGACUCGUCUAUUUGCAUUACUACGGGAGACUUCACCGUCUAUCGAGCCGCCACCGCGGACGAAUUUGCUCGGUCUGAGCUAUGCUCUGGACGACCCACACCGCGCGGUUACGAUCCGUCUCAGAUGCGGCGGAUGUUUCAGUCGAAGCGGUAUGUGAUUGUGAGACCGGAUCGCUUUGUCUACGCGGCCUGUGCCACGAGGACUGAACUGGAGCAAGCUGCGAGGGGGAUUGUUGAGCUGUUUCCCUUAGAAUGA